GUAGGGAAUUAUARGAAAGAUGGCGGCGACCUCAGCAGGACGCGUUUUGACACUUUGCAGACAGUUUCAAAACGCUUUUAGGAUUUCUACAUCGUUAGUCGCCCAACAGUCUGCUCUCACUUUGACCAAAUCUCAGUCUUAUCCUGAUAGGUUAACGUAUCCACUUUUGAGCUCAAAWUGGCACUGUCAUGUUGGCCAGUGUCGGCCUCUGCACACUACCAUCAACAGAAGAGGACUUGAGGAGUUUUUCGACAUACCUGAAAACUGGGGAGAGGCAACAGUGAAGUCAGGAGCACCAUGGGCUGCCAAGCAACUAAGGACGAAAAGUAAUGAAGACUUACAUAAGCUCUGGUAUGUGCUCCUGAAAGAGAAGAACAUGCUGCUUACCAUUGAGCAGGAGUCCAAAAGGCAAAGAAUUCAGAUGCCAAGUCCAGAGCGCCUAAARAAGAUCGAAAGGUCCAUGAAGAGACUAGACACAGUGGUGAAGGAGAGAGAAGACGCCCUCCGCCUGCUCCAGACAGGCCAGGAGAGAGCAAGACCUGGGGCCUGGAGAAAGGACGUCUUUGGACGGGUCUACUGGUACCGGUUUAGAGAGCAUGCCCUUCCUUGGUACAUGAACAAGAGAUACAAACGCAAACGUUUCUACACACCCUUAUUUGUCACCCCCCACAUAAGGCUUCGUCUAGAGAAACACCUCCGUGCUAAGACCAG